GUCGUCCUUCGCCAGGCGUGUUUUGGUAGUGCUGUGCAGGGCGCGGGCUGGGUGAUGAGCUGAAAAGUGUUUCACUCGCCUUGGCACCCGUACUGGCUUGGCAGCUACCCAUAUGAAUGGUGGGAAGGGUCUGGAGGAUUAGGAGCUGUUUCUCUAUUCAAGCAUUACCCCACGGCCGUGAUUUUAAACUGGAGACCCUGAGCGGCCAUCGCCUGGCAGGGGUCACCACGCGGUGACCUAAAAGGCGCGCCGCCGCAUGCGUGCCCCGCGGCCGGUCCGGUCAUGUCCAGGGAGCCGCCGCCGCCGCUAGACAUCAACGAGGCCAGUCUGCUCGACUUCGAGACGACGCUGCACAUUGAGCGGUCGCAGUCGGCCGCGGUCAUCGCCAAACGCGAGGAGCUGGGCGGGUUCCGGUCGCUGAGCAACCUGCUGCUGGUCCGGGGCAUCACGUCCCGGCUGGUGGAGAAGAACCGGUCCCGGCUGGCAUGCGGCCCGCCCUCCGAUAGCUGCUGCUCGUCGCUGCCGCCGACGGCGGACAUCGUCGACGAUGACUCGCUGAUGGAGUCGCCGUCGUCGCGCGCCGCGCCUCCCGCGCCCGCUGCGCCGCUGCCCUCGCCGCCGCCGCCGGCGCCCGCCGUCGCCACUGUAGCCGCCGCCACCGCCGCCGCCGCCGCCGCCGCUGUCACCGCCUCGGCCGACGAAACCGGCGAGGCUUGCACUCUGAUGAAGCGCAAGUCGGACGGCGCCAGCGGCCGCUCCCCGGGCAAGAAGCGCUGCAGGAAGGAGGCCGGCGGCGGCGACGAGUCGCAGUCGGAGCACGAGCCAGAGGCGCCGGCCGACCUCCAGAACUGGGUCGACACGUACCUGGCGUGGAGCGGCGAGCAGCGUCUGGUGGCGCUCGACCAGCUGCUGGACGUGAGCGACUCGGCGCAGGUGCGCCACAUGAUGCAGGUCAUCAAGCCGCGCUUCCAGCGCGACUUCAUCUCGCUGCUGCCGCGCGAGCUGGCGCUGCACGUGCUGUCGUUCCUGCCGGCGGGCGACCUGCUGCGCGCGGCGCAGACCUGCCGCAGCUGGCGCCUGCUGGCCGAGGACAACCUGCUCUGGCGCGAGAAGUGCCGCGAGCUGCAGGUGGACGACCUGCAGGAGCUGAUCCAGGUGCGACGGCGACAUGCGGCGCCAGCCGAGCCCGACUCCAGCGUCUGGAAGCAGGCCUAUAUCCGCCGCAUGAAGAUCGAGGCCAACUGGCGCAGCCGCGAGCUGCCCGAACCGAAGGUGCUGAACGGCCACGACGACCACGUGAUCACGUGUCUGCAGUUCAGCGAGCACCGGAUCGUGAGCGGCUCAGACGACAACACGCUGAAGGUUUGGUCGUCGGCGUCGGGCCGCUGCCUGCGCACGCUGGUGGGCCACACGGGCGGCGUGUGGUCGAGCCAGAUGGACGGCGCCACCGUCGUCUCUGGCUCCACAGACCGCACGCUCAAGGUGUGGAACGCCGACUCGGGCCAGUGCCUGCACACCCUCUACGGUCAUACGUCGACGGUGCGCUGCAUGCACCUGCACGGCAAGAAGGUGGUGAGCGGCUCGCGAGACGCCACCCUCCGUGUGUGGGACAUCGAGACGGGCGAGUGCGAGCACGUGCUCGUCGGCCACGUGGCGGCCGUGCGUUGCGUGCAGUACAACGGCAAGCUUGUGGUGUCGGGCGCCUACGACUACAUGGUCAAAGUGUGGAACCCGGACCGCGAGGAGUGUCUGCACACCCUGCAGGGGCACAACAAUCGCGUCUACUCUCUACAGUUUGACGGAGUGCACGUCGUGAGCGGCUCGCUCGACACCAGCAUUCGCGUGUGGGACGUGGAGACGGGCCAGUGCAAGCACACGCUGAUGGGCCACCAGAGCCUGACCUCCGGCAUGGAGCUGAAGAACAACAUCCUCGUGUCGGGCAACGCCGACUCGACCGUCAAGGUGUGGGACAUCCUGUCUGGCCAGUGUCUGCAGACGCUGUCCGGCGCCAACAAACACCAGAGCGCGGUCACCUGCCUCCAGUUCCAGAACAACUUCGUCAUGACCUCGUCGGACGACGGCACCGUCAAGCUCUGGGACGUGAAGACGGGCGAGUUCGUGCGCAACCUGGUGUCCCUCGACUCGGGCGGCAGCGGCGGUGUGGUGUGGCGCAUCCGCGCCACGCGCACCAAGCUCGUCUGUGCCGUCGGCAGCCGCAACGGCACGGAGGAGACCAAGCUGCUCGUGCUCGACUUCGACCCGGACCACAAGUGAGCCGGCGCCGGCGCCGCCACCAGUCUGUGAUUGUGAUGCGUUCAUACGGGUCUCGGGCCGCGACUGCGGCGCAGAGACGGCAUUCAGCGGCAUUCGGCGGUGGUCGCCGCUCGCACCUGAGCCGGGACGUGACCACUCCACCUUGCCAGUACCAGGAGCGCGGCUGCGGCCGCCGCCGCCGCCGGCGCGGCGCGGCACGGCGGCGGCGGCCCGGCGCGUCCCGCACCGCCCCCAGCCCGGGGCGCACGGCUGUUUUCGUUGUUGGCGGACUUCGCACCGCGACUCUGCGGCGGAGCUGGAUGGUUGCUCAAAUGGUUUUCGCGUCUUUUUUAAGACCGCCGCCCGUGGUGAGCCCGCCUUCAACGUACGACUUAGUUAAUUGCUUUUUACUUAAGGUACUGAACACCACAAUAAUGAGAUGCAAUUUAUAUGAAUAAAUUUCCGUCUAAGGA